UUGUCGCUAGACGCUAGUUUAAUUCAAAGGACUUAAUGGUGGCCAGUUGGUUUGGAUCAUAGAGAUGCUUAUUUCUUACUCUGAUCAAUUUGAACCUGAUUAGCUCGUAUAUAGAACAAUGCAAUUGAUUUUUGAAUGAUCUAUGAUUUAACUGAUUCUAUAGUAUGGUGCAGAAUCUGGAGUAUUUUCUUUUAUGUAGUAGUAGUAAUUCUUUUUUUUUUUUUUUUUUUGUUAAAAUCUUCAAAAAUAAAAUAAAAAGUAAAUCAUAUCAGCAGUUCAUGUUAGUCGAUAAAAAAUAAACGGUUGUAAUUUGAUUUAAUACAAUGGUGGCCACUCAAAAGUCAUCCAUUGAUUAUACCCUAUAUCUUUUAUUAAAGUAUCAUAGAAUUUGUUUUUCAUACCUAUUUUCUCUAUUUAAUAGAAGGGUAAAAGGGAAAGUCUUUAAGUUUGAAACCAACUCAAUAAUAUAGAAUUAUAUAUAUGAGUAAUAUGACACGUCUAAAUUUAUUAGUUAUCAGUUACCUAAGCCAACCAAAAUUUCCAAGAAUAGCGACUAGAAAAUGACAAUGACAGUAAAGAAAGAGGAGGGAAAAGAAUGGCCUAGAGUUAAUGUUGGUGAAGAUUAGGUGUAAUAAUAAAAUUAUACAAAAUAUACAUAUAAAGAUUUUCUCAUCCAACUUAAGAUAUUUAAAUAAAGAAAAGAAAAAAAAAAGGGGUGAUAACGUAGUAACUUUACACAAAAUGGCCACUAAUAUCAAGAGGGAAUUAAGUGUGGAUUUAGAUUUAGAUGAAUUUACUCUAGAUUUUUUCCCUUUCUUUAGAGUUUGUAAAGAUGGUCACGUUGAUAGGUACAUCCUCACAAUGGAAGAAAAGCCGGGUAUCGACCCGAUUACCGGAGUUCAAACCAAAGACAUAGUAAUUUCAAAUGAUCCUGCAAUAACGGGUCGAAUAUUUCUCCCUAAAAUGGAUGAUACCGGUGAUGAUACGGGUGACCCGAAGAGCAAGAAGGGUUUACAAUUGUUUGUUCAUUUUCAUGGAGGAAGUUUUUGUACCGGGUCAGCCUUUAGCCCAAUUACCAAGGAAUUCUUGACCCAAUUGGUUUCUAGGGCCCAAGUGAUUGCCAUUACAGUGAACUUUAGGCUAGCCCCCGAGUACCCCUUACCCAUUGCAUACGACGAUUGUUGGGCCGCAUUUAAAUGGGUUGCAUCGCAUGCUAAUGGGAACGGGUCGGAGCCUUGGUUAAAUGAGUAUGUGGAUUUUAAUCGGGUGUUUGUGGGUGGGGAAAGUAGUGGAGCUAACCUUGCCCAUGAUGUGGCAAUUAGGGCUAGUGUUGAACCCAUUGGUGAGGGGUUAAAACUAAUAGGUUUAUUAGCCAUUCAACCGUAUUUCACCACAAGAGAAAACAUAAGAUUAAUCCAAUAUUUGUACCCGUCGAGUAGAGAAUUGGAUAAUGAACCGAAGCUGAACCCAAAUAUUGAUCCAAGAUCGUGCAAAUUGGUGUGUGAUAAGGUAUUGAUUUGUGUUGCGGAAAAUGAUAGGUUCAAGGAAAGAGGAUUAACUUAUUAUUAUAGCUUAAAAUCAAGGUGGGAGGGGAAUGUUGAAUUAGUGGAUACAUUGGGGGAAGGCCACUGCUUUCAUUUGCUUAAUGCUAAAUCUCCAAAUAUUGAACAUUUGAUGGCUAAACUUGUUUCUUUUAUUAAAAAGGAUGAUUAGAUUAUUA